AUGUGGCCCUUGGCCUUCACAUGUCCAUCAAGACUCGGUCACUCUCCACCACAGCCCCCACCUCUCCACGGUUUGAUACAUUUCCCCAUCAUUGCUUUCGAACGCAACCAUGCACCAUGCCACCUGCUCCCCACUGACAAAAUCCCUAUCCUGCCCCCGGUUCACUUCAAGCCUCGCUCAUCUCCCUUGACCUCCCACUUCCUUGGUACUCAUUCCUGCUUGCUGGAUUGUGUUACUCAGUCCCCAAUGCCUGGCUACUACUUGCACGAUUGCCAUUACUUCUUCCGCACCGCACUUCGUCUCCUAAGCAUUGCCACCUUGGUGGCUGCGCUGUACGCAUGA